CGCGGGGCAGUGUGGGGCGGGGGCGGGACGCCGCCCGGCCGCAGGUCGGGCCCUGUGUCAGCUGCCGAGCGGGCGCUCGGGCGGGAGAUGGCGGGUUGUGCAGCCCGGCGGGCCCUGGCCGUGGGCAGCCGCUGGUGGUCCCGGUCGCUGACCGGGGCCCGCGGACCGAGGCCGCUCUGCGCGGCGUGGGGAGCAGGGGCUUUCCUUCCUGCGGCGACCACGACGACGCGGAGGCAUCUCUCGUCCCGAAACCGAGCAGAGGGCAAAGUGCUGGAAACAGUCGGUGUGUUUGAGGUGCCAAAGCAGAAUGGAAAGUAUGAGACUGGGCAGCUUUUCCUUCACAGUGUUUUUGGCUACCGAGGCGUCGUCCUGUUUCCCUGGCAGGCCCGGCUCUAUGACCGGGAUGUGGCUUCUGCAGCUCCAGAAAAAGCAGAGAACCCUGCCAGCCACGGCUCUAAGGAGGUGAAAGGCAAAACUCACACUUACUACCAGGUGCUGAUUGAUGCCCGCGACUGUCCACAUAUAUCUCAGAGAUCUCAGACAGAAGCUGUGACCUUCUUGGCUAACCAUGAUGACAGCCGGGCCCUGUAUGCCAUCCCAGGCCUGGACUAUGUCAGCCAUGAGGACAUCCUCCCCUACACCUCCACCGAUCAGGUUCCCAUCCAGCACGAGCUCUUUGAGAGGUUUCUUCUGUAUGACCAGACGAAAGCGCCUCCUUUUGUGGCUCGGGAGACACUGCGGGCCUGGCAAGAGAAGAAUCACCCGUGGCUGGAGCUUUCCGAUGUCCACCGGGAAACCACUGAGAACAUCCGUGUCACUGUCAUCCCCUUCUACAUGGGCAUGAGGGAAGCCCAGAAUUCCCAUGUCUACUGGUGGCGCUACUGCAUCCGCUUGGAGAACCUCGACAGUGACGUCGUGCAGCUCCGGGAGCGGCACUGGAGGAUAUUCAGCCUCUCUGGCACCUUGGAAACAGUGCGAGGCCGAGGAGUGGUGGGCAGGGAACCAGUGUUAUCCAAGGAGCAGCCCGCAUUCCAGUACAGCAGCCACGUCUCCCUGCAAGCUUCUAGUGGGCACAUGUGGGGCACGUUCCGCUUUGAGAGACCUGAUGGCUCCCACUUUGAUGUCCGGAUCCCACCCUUCUCCCUGGAAAGCAAUAAAGACGAGAAGACACCACCCUCAGGCCUUCACUGGUAGGCCAGCUGAGGCCCUGAGAGCCCAGCUCGGCCCCAAAGAGGAACAGCCCUCAUCCCACAGUUGCUGCAGAACUCUCUCCCUGUUGUAGGCCACACUGAGUCUCUUCAUCUUUUGCACCAUUUGAUCGUGAGGUUCUUUUGGGGGAUGCAAUCGUUUUCUUCGGAAGACCCGUGUAGGACCCCUCCAAGGCUGGCCUUCUAUUUAUAAACCCUGCCUACACUGUGUUCCAGUAAACUUGUCCACCAAGGAACUGUGUUCAGCUGCCAGAGGCCUGGAGGAGUCUCCUGGCCGGUCAACAAGUUGUCUGGAACGUGAGGUUUGGUCAAUAAACCAGUGCACGCUUGGCCACCCUCGCCGUUUCUGUCCCCAGGGGCCUCAGGCUCCCUCUCGCAGUGGGGGCCCUUGAGUACUUUCCAUGCUGCCCUUCCAGGGAGCUGUGCCCUCUGCUAGGUUAUGUCUCCUUCAGAGGCUGGCUGGUCAUCUCCAGGGGCACUGUACCCCUCAGCUGGUGCGAGGGCGCUGAGCACGGACCUGGACUCUGUUCUUCACCUUCUGGCAAGUACAGAGAGGCUGGCCAGCAUCAGGGCUGGAAUGGUCGGCUCUUAACACUGACUACCCGCUGGCAUCUCAGCCUCGCUGGGCCUGAGAUAGUGAGGAAAGCCAGCAGUGUCUGUCCAGCCUCCAGGCCAUAAAUGUGGGGAUUCAGCCAAGGAGCAGCUGUAGGCAUGGACGGUAACUAAGCCAAGCUACUUCCCAAGCUUCCCCAGGGAGUUGUGCUGCAUUUUGCCCUGAUUCUUAGAAGUCCUCUGCAAUGAUUGUUAAAGAUAGUUUUAAUCUUGAAUUAUAUUAAAUCGGUUCUAGCCCUU